GAGAGCAAAGCUCCUCUGCACCUGACCCCAGGUGCGCCCCUCAGCGUCCCCGGCUCGCGGGGCGCGCGGGAUGGAGCGGGUUUGGGAGGCUGCGCGCGGAGGCCAAGCCGGGGCGGAGCUCCCAAUGGAGCCCGUGGGAAGCCUGGUCCCCGGGCUGGAGCAGCCGCAGGUCCCCGAGAAGGCGCGACAACCUGAAGGUCCCGAAAGCAGCCCGAGUCUGUCCAGGGCCAUGAAGAAGGCGGCGGGCGCAGGCCGGGAGCCCUCGAGCGAGAAGCAGCUGCCUUCGCCUCGCCCCGGGACCCCGCGCGUGCCGCCGCUCAGCCUGGACUACGGCGUCUGCCCCGAGCCACCGUCGCCGGGACCCGCCUCGGUCAAGCUGCCCCGGAAUGGCGAGGCGCCCGGGGCUGAGCCUGCGCCCGGCGCCUGGGCGCCCAUGGAGUUGCAGGUAGAUGUGCUUGUGAAGCCCGUGGGCGCGGCCGGCGGUAGCCGCACGCCGUCGCCCAGGCCCUCCACGCGCUUCCUCACGGUGCCGGUGCCCGAGUCCCCCGCCUUCUCCCGCCAAGGGGACCCAGCGCACCAGCUGCUGCCGCGCGCAUCGUCCCUGAGCGGCACGUGGGGACGCGGCUCGACGCUGGCUGCAGCCGGGACAGAGAGCGGCUGCGACGCUGAGGGCCGGGCCAGCCCAGUGGAAGGAAGCUCUCCGGGCUCCCCCACGUGCUGCCGCUGCAAGGAGCUAGGGCUGGAGAAGGAGGAUGCGGCGCUGCUGCCCCGCACGGGGUUGGAGGGCGACGAGAAGCUGCCCCGGGCAGUAACGCUUACCGGGCUGCCCAUGUAUGUGAAGUCCCUGUACUGGGCCCUGGCGUUCAUGGCUGUGCUCCUGGCAGUCUCUGGGGUUGUCAUUGUGGUCCUGGCCUCAAGAGCAGGAGCCAGAUGUCAGCCAUGCCCCCCAGGCUGGGUGUUGUCCGAGGAGCACUGUUACUACUUCUCUGUAGAAGCGCAGGCCUGGGAAGCCAGCCAGGCUUUCUGCUCAGCCUACCACGCUACCCUCCCCCUGCUAAGCCACACCCAGGACUUCCUGGGCAGAUACCCAGUCUCCAGGCACUCCUGGGUGGGGGCCUGGCGAGGCCCCCAGGGCUGGCACUGGAUCGACGAGGCCCCUCUGCCACCCCAGCUACUCCCUGAGGACGGCAAGGACAACCCGGAUAUCAACUGCGGGGCCCUGGAUGAAGGCACUCUGGUGGCUGCAAACUGCGGCACUCCAAGACCCUGGGUCUGUGCCAAGGGGACCCAGUGAUCUGGGCUCUGCCUGUCCUCAGCCUGCCAGGCGGAUGCAGCACCCCUACAGGGGAGGCCAGUUGAGAGCUUGGGCAGCCUCUUCCUGGACCCAGGCAUCCAGGUCUCCCUGCUCUGUUCAAGGGGGCACACACGAGCGAGUCUAGGAGCUGGACUUCAACCCAGGAAGAUGCAUCCGAGGGAAAGGAGAUUUUCUGUGGCCUCAGGCCUGAGUGCCAAUAUUAGUCUCCAGCUUCUGUG